AUGUUGGCAACCAAUAGAGUGAAAGUUCCAAUCGACAAGUAUAAGGGCCUGAUUUUGGACCUCAUUUCCGGGCACGAUGUUGUAGUCAUCAAUUCUAGUACGGGAUCUGGGAAGACGACACGGAUUCCUCAGUUUAAACUGAACGAGAACGAGGGUGAUAGGGUGCGGCCUGUAAGACUGGAAAUAACUCAACCACGACGGGUGGCGAAGACAAAAUCCGUACAACGAGACGCCGCUGAGUUGGGGGUCGAAGUCGGUAAAGGGGUCGUUGGAUAUCAGAUUCGCCAACUUGAAGAUCCGGAUUGGCAAAUCAAAGUCAUUUUGCUAUCUGCAACAAUGAGUAUUACCAAAUUUAAGGAUUACUUCAGUCAUAAAGUAGUUGGCAAGUUAGAAAUUCCUGCUUCGGAAAAAUUACAACCCAUCAAAACCUACUUUAUUGACGAUCUGGAGAAAAUGACACCUGAAGGGAUUUCAGACGAUGAUCAAUCUGCGGUAUUCAAGCCUACAGAGUACUCAUACCAGAGAAAAAUUAUACUGGGGACAAAUAUUGCAGAAAGUUCUAUUACAGUUGAGGAUAUCAGAUAUGUGAUCGACUUUGGACUAACCAAGUAUAUGAAGUUUGACCUAAAUACAACUUUUUCUGGACUCGUAACAGACCUCGCUUCUCGCCACCAGUGCAUUAAACGGGCCGGCCGAUGUGGUAGAAUGGGACCAGGAUAUUGCUUCCGCUUGGUCACCAAAGAAUUUUAUGAAUCAACAAUGAAAGAAGAAUCGUUCGCAGAGAUGCAGACUUGUGGCGUUGGGCUGGCGUUUCUUCAUCUCAAGAAGCUCAAGCUGGGAAAUCCUCUGGAUCUAUUUAGUCAAGCUAUUCAUCCCCCAGACUUGAAACACAUUUCCGCUGCUGUGUUAUCGCUUAAGAAGUGUGGAGGACUUACAUUGCUCAAAGCGGAUCGAUCGUACAGUGCAACGGACGGGGAAAUAACGACUAUUGGUCACCUUUCAAGUAGCUUAUCAUGCGAUCCCAGACAGGCAAGAGUAAUUGCAUUUGGGCAUAUUUUUGGGAUGCUCAACGAGUCCAUAGUUUUUGAUGAGUAA